CUGCGGUCACACUGCCUGGUUGUUCAGUUUUGUUUUCUCUCGUCUCGCUCGUCGGCGUUUUGCUACGUUUCGUCUGCUCGGUGUUACCGCAAAUUCUUAAAACAGUUCACAACAAUAGUGCGAAAUUUUAAAUUUCUCCAAUACUCAAUAUACGACAAGUGCUCAAGUGCCCUAGCAUAAAUGCUAAAUUAAAGUAAAAGAAAGCAAAACAAAACCCAAAGAAAUACAACAACAACAACAAUUAACAACAAAUCCAAUUCAAGCCUCAAGUGAACUGUCCAGAGAAAUACAAAAACCCAGAGAGUGAAGCAGAGUUACUCACAUAACGGUAGUUCCACGGGAAGCAGCGAAGCAGCAGAGGCGGGCAUAUAAAGAAAAAGAAGAAGAGGAAGCAGCUGAAGAAGAUGUCAUUUCGUGUUGUGCGCAGCUCAAAAUUUCGUCACGUCUAUGGACAGUCAUUAAAACGGGAACAAUGCUACGAUAAUAUACGUGUAUCCAAAUCCAGUUGGGACUCCACAUUCUGUGCGGUAAACCCAAAGUUUUUGGCCAUCAUUGUGGAGUCGGCAGGUGGCGGAGCCUUCAUCGUAUUGCCACACAAUAAAGUCGGACGCAUUGCAGCGGAUCACCCGCUGGUGGGCGGUCACAAGGGUCCAGUGCUGGACAUCGCUUGGUGUCCGCACAACGACAAUGUGAUUGCCUCUGGCUCGGAGGAUUGUGUGGUGAAGGUGUGGCAGAUACCAGAUGGCGGACUGUCGCGCACACUCACCGAACCCGUUGUGGAUCUGGUGUUCCAUCAGCGACGCGUCGGCCUAGUCCUCUGGCAUCCGUCAGCGCUCAAUGUGCUGCUCACAGCGGGCUCCGAUAACCAGGUCGUCAUCUGGAACGUGGGCACUGGCGAGAUUCUGGUGCACAUUGACUCUCAUCCGGACAUCGUUUAUAGCGCCUGCUUCAACUGGGACGGCUCCAAGCUGGUCACCACCUGCAAGGAUAAAAAGAUUCGCAUCUACGAUCCACGAAGCGGCGAGCUGGAAAGCGAGGCGAUGUGCCACGAGGGCUCGAAGGCGACUCGCGCGAUCUUCUUGCGUCACGGCUUGAUCUUCACGACCGGCUUCAAUCGCAGCUCGGAGCGACAGUACUCACUGCGCGCCCCGGACGCGUUGAACGAACCCAUUGUCAUGGUCGAGCUGGAUACAUCGAACGGUGUGAUGUUCCCUCUGUACGAUGCGGACACAAAUUUGAUCUAUCUGUGCGGCAAAGGCGACUCUGUGAUACGUUAUUUCGAGGUCACGCCGGAGCCGCCGUUUGUGCACUAUAUAAACACAUUUCAAACGCCCGAUCCGCAGCGUGGCAUUGGACUGAUGCCGAAGCGUGGCUGUGAUGUAACCACCUGUGAAAUAGCCAAAUUCUACAGGCUGAACAACAAUGGUCUCUGCCAGGUGAUAUCGAUGACAGUGCCACGCAAAUCAGAUCUCUUCCAGGAGGAUCUCUAUCCGGACACACUAGCGGAAGAUGCGGCCAUCACGGCCGAGGAAUGGAUUGCGGGCAAAGACGCAGACCCGCUGACCUUCUCGCUAAAAGAUCGCGUCUCCAUUGUACAGGGUGGCUAUGUCUCCUCCGGCAACACGACGCUCUCUGUGAGCAAGAAGGCCAACAUAUUGAACAAGGCGUCCGCAUCGAGAGGCGGCGGAGGCGGUCCGCUCUCUGGAGGCAAUCAUUCAUCCGCGAAUAACAAUGAUUCGAGUGAUGCCAAUCAAAGCGCAGCGAUAUUCUCGGAAAAGGAUCAUCGCAAUAUUUUAGAUGAGAUACGUAAGCUGAAGGCGAUCAUUGUGAAGCAAGAGAAUCGCAUUAGGGCCUUGGAGGCGAAGGUCAAUGCAGCUGCUGGCGAUGAGACGGAUGCACGGAAUAGCAAUAAAAACGGCAGCGGAGCAGCGGCGGCAGCGGAAAGCAGCAGCAGCCAACAAGCGGCCAGCGAAAGUGCCAAUGACCACAGCACAGCAAAGGAUAAUGCGCAUGAGGAUGACUAAAAAGAAGAUAGAGAGAGAGAGAGAGCAAAAGCAGCUGGCACAAAGAGCGGAAGUAAGAGAGGGGAAUGAAGCAGAGCCAAGCCGAGCAGAGAAAGCGAGAGAGGAAGCACAGAGAGUCGUGUUGGAAUGCAAUGGAAUGAUGAUGUUUAUUAUUUUGUACACGCUCAAGAAGAGAGGAAAUGGAAGAGAGAGAGAGCGCGAGAGUUGUCUUUCGUCUAUGAUUAUGAUUUUCAAUUAUUUAUUUUAUAUAAUUUUAAUGUUAGGUCUUUGUACGAGCUAAAUGGAAGAAGCAAAGGAAUACACACAGAAAACACACAGAAAAUCCUGCCAAAAAAUUAAAAAGAAAACAGAAUAUAUUGUUAACCUAACUAGCUGCAAAAGAUCGUAACGAAGCAUUAAGUCGAGCUGUGUUUUUCGUAUGUGAAAUUGUUGUAAAUUUAACAAAACAAAACAAACAAAAAAAAGAAAAGAGAAAGAAUCAAAGUAUAGACUAAAUUGCAAUCAUCUAAAAAGUAAUGCUAUUUCCUACCAAUUUACACACAAAUUACAAACUUUUCUAUAAAUAUACAUAUAAAUAUUUAUAUAUAUAUAUAUACAUACAUAUAUACAUACAUAACUGAUUACCCCCUAUUGAGGCAAUAUAUAUAUAUAUAUCCAUGACAAUAGCUUUUAUAACAAUUAGGCAUCCGCGAAAAUUUGUCCGCCGCUUUCAUUAAACA